AUGAAUGAUGCGAUGAACGGCCAAACUGACUGUUUGUAUUCAUCGGAUUCUCUUGCGUUGGAAUCGUUCAAGGAAUGGUUGCUAAAAAAGGAUGCUUAUUAUACGGCAGUAACCUUAAAGAAAUGUCCAGAUAGCUGUGGAUAUGGUCUGUAUGCAAAGCGUAAUCUACGUGAAAAUGAGAUACUGGUCAGUAUUCCGCAUCAACUUCUUAUUACUGCCGGAAGUCUAGCAAAAAUUCCAGCUUAUCGAGAAAUUUUUAGUCGGCGAAGUUUAAGACCGUUUGAGGCGUUGGUUGUAUUUUUUAUUACGGAACUUCAAAAAGCAGAAGAUUCCAGUUGGGCUCCCUAUGUGAAAGUAUUACCUCGCAGUUUCACAACGCCUGCGAUGCUUGAUCCGGAUCUUCAGCCAUCUUGUUUGCCUGUCUAUGAAAAAGAUUUACUGGUUGCUCAGCGGAAAGAAUUAAACGAAAUGUAUAACAAAAUUAUAGAAACACUACUUGAGGCUUUGGAUUACGAACUAUUUUUGUGGGCUUGGCACAUUGUAAAUACCCGAUGUAUAUACGUACCAACUGAACCGAACCCUUUGUUUGAUAAUAGCGAUGGCGAUUGCCUUGCAGUUAUUCCAUUUGUAGAUAUGUUUAACCACAGCAAUGAUUAUCAGGGUUUCUGUGAGUGGAACAAAGUUUUAAAGCGUUAUGUCGUUACUGCCAUCCGCCCGGUCAAAGAGGAUGAGCAGAUAUUUGUGUGUUAUGGUCCGCAUAGUAAUGGGCGCCUCUGGAUAGAGUAUGGUUUUACUUUGCCACAGAACCUCUGCAACAUGGUUCCUGUAGAUCUUGAUUUAUUUUUCGUUUUGGCUGAAGAGAGCGGGAUUCAGGUUACCGAAGCUCAUAAGCAAGCUGUACGCAACGCAGGCAUUUCUUGCACAUUGUAUGCCAGCGAUGAGGUACCCAGUUUUGGAUUUAAAGUAGCCUUUAAAAUUCUCCGGUUAGGCUACGAACAGCUCUCCAAAUGGUCCUACUUUGUGUAUAACAACGACGAUGACGAUAGUGACGUCGAUGAACGAUUGAAGGUAAUGAUUGAAAAUCUUCAUCAACAUUACGUUGAUAAACGUGAUAAGACACCUGAGAAGUACCACUGGGUGUGGAAUAACUACAUUUCGAUACUUGAGCAUUAUAUUGAGAACUUGUAG